AGCCAAUGGGAGCGCGGCAGGCGGCGCGGCGUGUCCCCGCGGGGCGGUUGGCGGUGCCGGGGGAGCCGCUCGGCGGGGGCUGCUGGGCGCCGCGCCGCCACGGCAUGGCUAAAGGCAGGAACAUGCCCAAGGCCGGGCCGGGCGGCGCGGACAAGGCGAGCCCCGAGAAUAACGACAGGAAGAGCCCCGGCCGAUCCCGGGCCGGUGGGGAGAAUGCGUUUACUGGUCAAUCCAAAAUCUACAGCUACCUGAAUCCCAACAAAUCUCCUGGUGCUCGCUCCCCACUUCAAGAGGAAAACUCUGUCAUGUAUCACGAAGGGAAAUGUCAGGGCAAAGCACUAACUGAAACCAACAGAAAAGGAGAUGAAAAAAAGCCUGGUGGCAAUAUAAUUGAAGGUGCUAUGAAACCAGAAGACCAGAAAGAUAAAGAAAGUGGGUGCAAUACCUCCGUGCUCUCUUCUGAUCAAAAAAACCAAGGAACCGUAGAAACUGAGAAGACACUCCUGCCCUCAGACUGUGCUGGUGAGGCCAGUGCAAAGCCAGCUCAGAAAAAGGUGGUUAAAGCAAAACGUGGACCGAGGAGGAAAACACAAGGAAGAGCUCCAAAUCGAAAAGUGACAGAUUAUUACCCAGUCAGAAGAAGUUCCAGGAAGAGCAAAUCUGAACUGGAGACCGAGGAAAGGAGGAAAAUCGAUGAACUAAUUACAAGUGGGAAAGAAGAAGGAAUGAAGAUUGAUUACAUUGAUGGCAAAGGGAGAGGAGUAAUUGCUACUAAACAUUUUAAUCGUGGAGAAUUUGUAGUUGAAUAUCAUGGAGAUCUCAUAGAGAUCACUGAUGCAAGAAAGCGGGAGGCUGUGUAUGCUCAAGAUCCAUCCACAGGCUGCUAUAUGUACUAUUUUCAGUACCUCAGCAAAACGUACUGUGUUGAUGCUACAAAAGAAACUAAUCGUCUGGGAAGACUGAUUAAUCACAGCAAAUGUGGCAAUUGUCAAACAAAGCUUCAUGACAUUGAUGGUGUGCCUCAUCUCAUAUUGAUAGCUUCCAGAGACAUUAAAGCAGGUGAAGAACUGUUGUAUGACUACGGAGACAGAAGCAAAGCUUCCAUUGAAGCUCACCCGUGGCUAAAACAUUAAUUCUUCAUCUUUUGGGUGUGGUUUUAGGUUGGUGUUUUGGGGGGUGGUGGAGACUGAGUGCUCUGCACGGAGUCAGUGGAUCUUUUUCUCCGUCCUCCCUUCCCUCAGCUUUCUUAGUGAACUGCUUACAGUGUUCUGAGCUCCAUGAAAACUACGUUUUUACUUUGCAGUAUUUAAAUUCCUAUUACGGAUUUCCAAGCAGGCUCAAGUUCUCUCUUAGACUGCCAAAACUUCUGUAUUGUAAAAGGAAGCCCUCCCUAGAAAACAGAACCCUUCUACGUAGUGAGCACUGCCACCUGAGCAUGCAAGGACUUGGAACUGAAUCAUUUGGAUUGUGCUUCUGCAGUGAAAUCUUGUACUCCAUUUUUUUUGGGGUGGUGAACUUGACAUUAGCUUUAUGACAGCAAACACGCUUUUUGUAUGCCGAUUCCUAUGUUGAUGGCUUGACUGCUUGUUAGGCUUCUUUUUAAUGGAUGCUACUGUUUCUAUCAUUCUCAAAUAACUUGUGGUAGGGUUCUUUUUAUAUUUCCAGUGUGGUAUCUCGUUAGCGAUUAACUUUAAAUGCACUUGUGCUGAGGGAAAUGGAUGGUCAUAUUAGCUGCUUUUUUCAGAGAAAUGACUCCAAGACAAACGUAGAUGGAUUUUGAGAGGCUGGGUUGAUACUGAUUGAAAAUGUGGGAAUUUAACUUUUCAAGAGAAUCAACGUUGGACACGACUUUCUAAGAUUUGGGAUGGUACCUUUUUAUAGUUGAUGACCGAUUCUUGGAGGUGAUGAUUCCCAGAAGGUUUUAAAGAAGCGAAACAAAAAUACUCUGAAAAUUUUAUUACCUUCCUAUACUAAUUAUUGCUCCAUCAGAAGUUAUUUAUUUACUGUGAAUGCUUGAAGUAGAGCAUAGUGGUUCUGUAAGUCAUCUUUAUAUACAGCUUCAAAUUGUAAUGAUGGAGUUUGUGCAAUGAAGAAAGUAUAUUCCUUCUUUCCUGGUCCUGUAGGUCUGUCCAGCGUGGUCUGGUCCCGCUAUCUUAAAUGGGAGCUGAGCGCUAAGCAUCUUGAAAAUGCUUGCAAUGUUACUGUUUGAGGACUAUAUCUGUCAUGUAGGCGGGCGAUAAACAAUGCGGGUCCUUUACGUUAAAGAUGAGUUCUUACCAAUUAGAGUUUUUUUGCCAAGGCAGGCUUGGCAUGUUGUAUAGAUGAAGAUGGCUGUGAGCCAUUGGUCAUGCUUGCUGCUGGAAGAUGUCAAUGAGGGAUCUGUGGCUCUGCUUGUCUUUUUUUUCCCUCCAUGUCUUAAAGGCUGCAGAUGCUUCAGUUAAUGCCCUCUAGGACAACCUUGCAUGCCUGCCUAUGUGAUAGGUCAGAUAGCAACAUCGUGGUUGUAUGCUCCAGCAGCAAGAGGUGGUGCGAGAAGUGAUGUAUUUUUUAAAUGAAAAACUUGAAGACAAUGUCUCUGUAAAAUAAAGAAUAUAUUUAUUAUUUAUGAA